AUGGGUGACAAACCUAUGACUAUGAUAUCGGAUGAUGAAGCAAAGGAACCAACUAGUCUAGAUGAGGAGGAGGAUAUUGAGGAAUUAGUGGAGCCACCGGAUUGGCUCCCCGAUGGAUGGAUCAUGGAGGUCUACCGCACUGAAGAUGGCACCAUUAUUCGAUACUAUACUUCUCCCAUAUCAAAUUACACAUUCAACACGAAGUCAGAGGUAUUGGAGUACCUUUUUUCUAGGACAGAUGGGCGUAUGCUAGAAUCGAAGGAACGUGGUGCAGAAAACAAGCUUCAGAGACAACAUGAAUGGCUUCCAAAAGGGUGGGUGAUGGAGGUAAGAGCCGGUGGGGAGAAGACAGACAAGAUGUACAAGGUAUACAACCACGAGUUUAGUUAG